GAGCCCCCGGAAUCCAAAACUCUCACGCCGGCACCACCUUAGCCAGUCGUUCACCCGGAGUAUUUUUCUUUCCCUUUCUAGUCCUCUUCCGAGAAGUGGAAGAAUGGAUGAGAAAACUAUCUGGGCCCCAAAGUUCUUGAGUUUCCUUCCCAGAGCUUCAAAGUCUGACAUGAUUUCUUCAUAGCUCCGCUUGGCGACAUCAUUUGUUCCCACAUGGAUGAAAAGAAAAGGUUUUGAGACACACCAGUUGAAGACUCACUUUUCCUGUGGAGAAAAAGACAAUGAACAAUCAAGAUCUGAUCAUUUUGAAUGUGGGAGGACUGAAAUUCACAACAUUGCCUUCUACACUACAGCGAUUCCCUGAAUCUAGAUUGGCAAGGAUGCUAGAUGGCAAGGACUCUGAAUUUAAGUUGAUGAAUGGCCAGUUCUUUGUGGACCGCGAUGGAGUCCUGUUCAGCUAUAUUCUGGACAUCUUAAGAACACUCCAGCUUUCCCUGCCCAGUGACUUAGAAUCAUAGAAUCAUAGAAUAGCAGAAGACUACCGGAGGCUGCAGAGAGAGGCUGACUUCUAUGAACUCUAUGCUGUGGCUGACCUUCUGCGUCAAGAACAUUUGUUGAAGCCAAAACCAGAGAUCUUGGAAAUACGAUUCUUGCUCCAAGAAAUGCAGGCUUUUUUCAGGGUAUUUGGCUCUUGCAGCAUCACUGUUGGUGGACUGGCAGGACGGAUUACUGUCUUUGCGGAACAGCUUGUGGGAACAACCUGGAAAAAUCAUAAUGUCCCUUCUCAGAAAUCACUAAUUCCCCUUUCUUUGGAAAGGCCUUCCCAUCAUGAUUUUCUUUUCCAGUGUGGCACUGACUACAGCGAUCAGCAUGUAGCAAGGUAUGUUUCUAUAAAACUUGAUCAGAAGAAACUGUUUAGUGGAGCUAAUGUUCUAGGCCUGCUGGUUGACAUUUUGCUCAAAGAAGGAUUUCAUUUAGUAAGCACCAGAACAGUCUCACUGAAGAAAAAAAAUGAGUGUUAUUGUUUUGAAAGAAGGAGGCAGCUAGAUGCCUUUACCAUCAGUACCACCCAAAUGCAGCGAAGCACCAGUGCACCACGAACGAAGCCGGUCCAGAUGCACAAAUCAAAAUGAAUAAUGUCUCUAUAUGCUAAGAAUAAUUGCAUGACGUAUAAAAACAGCAGCUAUAAUGCAAUAGAAGAACACACUAUUUUGUUGUCAAUUUGCUGCUUUUAUUGGACUUUUGUAAGUGAAGUAAAAAAGUUAUGGUCCUCUAGAUGUUCCUGGAUGCCAACUCCCAUCAACUCCAGCCAGCAUGACCAAUGGUCAGAGACAACAAAAGUUGAAUUUCAGCAAUAUCUGGAGAGCCACACGUUCCCCCACCUGCAGUAAAUGGAGGGCUAAGGGGGAAGUACAUUCAGACAGUUUGCCCCUGAGUUCAAGAUUUUUCUUUCACAAGUAACCAGGGCAGGGGGCAAAGCAGGAUGGAAACUGUAAUGGUAACUUUUUGCCCUCUUCUAUGGUCCCAGUAGGGCCACUGCAGCUGCUAUUAGCAUGAGCUCCAGUCUCCAUCCUGCUCCUCCCCAGAAUCUUGUACUCAAGAGCAAACCAUAUGAAUAUCAGCCCAUGUAAACCCUUAGUUUAUUGAUUUAUGCAAACUAGAAAUGCAAAUAUAAAAUUUUAUAUUGCACCAAUUCAAAAUUUAGGUUUCUACCUAUUAUUUUUAUUUGCUUUUUGCCACAUGCUAC